UUUCUCAGGAUUCCAUUCUCAUUUACAUUACGGAAGUGGUAUUACCUCCUUUACCCCUCAAAGUCUAGUUAACCCGUCUGGACUAUCCUUUGUCUGCUCAUACGUGACGGUGAGACGACUGCCAUCUGGCGCUAUUCUGCAUAUUAUUUUCCUCAUUUAGAGUAGACUAAGCCCUUUCUCCCAUUUUUCAUUUAUCCUGGUCAACUCUGCACGUAUUUUUUUCAUGUGCUGGACUCGAUUGAAGUCCGGUGGCAUUAUCGGACAAUGCUACGAAGAUCGAUUCUAUUCAACGGAACCGUUGAUGAAAACGUGGAUUCGGGAGCUGAGACUGCCGAAUCUGAUUGCAGUAAGAUGACAUCAAGCAGUGAGCUACUGGCCAGUCGGGUCCAGGAGCCCCUGAUGAUGAGCAUGCACCUGCUGGCCAACCCUGGGGACUCUCUCCUGCUGCAGCACACCCUGGACCGCCUCCUCCGCUGGGUGUGCCCCAGCCUGCGCCUCUUCCAUGUCUCUGAACGGGCCUGCCCCCUCCGCGACUAUGCCCGCUCCCGCUUGUGCCCCGUGGCCGGGUACCCCUCCCUGGCUGUGACUGUCUUCCUCCAUGAGGCCUAUGGCGAGGAGCGCAUCCUCCGGGUGCUGGACUUCCUGCAGCGCCCACCCUGGCAGUACCACCACACGGAGAGCUGCGGUGGGAGGACCGGGGGCGUCCACAUUACCUCCUCCACCUCCCCGGCCAAUGCCCUGCUCCGGCCCUACCUCCUGCCCAGCCGAGACUUCUACAGCCUGGGCACGGGGAUGCCUGUGUGGGGGGUGCGCCCGGUGCACUGCGGCGGGGAGAUGCUGCGGGUGACGCUCUACAGCAGCUACGAUAACUUUGACGACGCGGUGCGGCUUUAUGAGACAGUGCUGCAGAGGCAGGUGGAGGAGCAGAAGACUGGGUUCUGUUGGUUUACACUCUACACGGAACCGGGGCUGUGUCUGCAGCUGGCUCUCAAACAGCUCUCCCCAGGGGUCAGGGUGGAGGCCUGCAACUCAGCUGUGCUGCAGUUCAGGGUAGAGGAGAUGGGUCAGCUCGUGCCCCUGCUGCCCAAUCCGUGCACGCCCAUCAGCGCCACACGCUGGCAGACCGAAGACCUGGACGGGAACAAGAUACUCUUCCAGGUGAAAGCCCCAGAGCAGCCUCAGCGACCCCUGACCUGUGCCUUCCCUCUGACCUGCCCCAGCGUCUCGCCCAGAGGGCUAUUGAGGAGCGUCGUGUCCACCCCGCCAGCAGCCCACGCCCUGCAGCCCUGCGGCCAGAUGACCCCAGUGACCCGUCCAGGGAACAGGCCGCGCACCGACCCAUGCCUGGAUAGGCCUGUUUUACCCGGGGGUCUACGGUGUGGGGGAGGGGUGGAGAGCAUGGGCUCAGACAGCUGCUAUAGCACCCCUCCAGGCAGCUCCUGCUACUCAUCUCAGCGUAGCAGCCCCGCCACGCUAUCUGUUAACCACCCCCACGAAUCCUCACCUCUCCCAUGCUCCGCCUCCCCGGUGCGGCCCUCCCUGUCCAUCUCCCAUCUACUGCUGGAGGAGGAGGAAGAGCCGGAGACCAACGUGGACACGGGUGUCCCCGUGACAACGACCCCGCGCUCGGACACAGACUUCACCAUGGCGACCAGCUCGAGGGACACAGGCGUCUCGGUGACGCCGCGUUCCGAGAGACCAGCCGCUGUGGGAGCCUCUUCCCUGGAGAGUCUGGCAAGGGAGCUGAAUGCCUGUCUACCGGAAGCUCACACACCUCCACCCCACCACAGGACUUGGGUUGUGAGCAGCUCUACCAAAGCUGCCAGUCCCGGGUGCAAGGCAGGGUCACAAGCCUGGGAUAGCGGUGUUAUCAGCUGGGCAUCGCCGGGUGAGAGCUACUCCAGAGGGCCUGUGGGGCCACAGACUCCUGCUAAGCCAGCAGCAAAGGCUCUGUCACCCACACACAAUAUAGACCCAAUAGAUGAGUUCUUCAUCUGACUCCUUUCUGCAGUGUAAGCAGGCAGGCAGUUGUAGGACAUUUUGUCACUAUCUAACAUAAUGUAACUUGAUGUUGCCUCCAGAGGGAGAUUGGGAAGAUCAUUGAAACCAUGGAGACA